CCCUAUUUAUACGUCUGCCCAAAUCCACCAGCCACGGCAACCAUCCCGCCACCACCUUUACCACCGCAAACACCACCGCCACCGCCGUAAAAGCUCAAGGCUUCAUAGAACAUACACAUUCACACACUUCACACGCAUAUACACAUUCUUCCAAUUUCCUGCGAAAGCAGUGCUUUAGUAAUAAAAUAUCACCACCCCAGGGAAAAAAACCACCGACAAACACCUCCAGCUCCGCCGAUGUCGGCGGCAAAACCCACACAAACCCCGCCGACAGCUGCCAUCUGCACUCUUCAGGGGUCCCUCCUAACUCUAGCCAUUGUCACUCUUCUCUCAUUCACUUGUCUCUCUAUCAAAUCCCUCAAUUCCCCUUCUAUCUCAUCAUCUACACCACCUUCCACCACUCUUUUCGCCCCUCAGGUGCGUGUUGUAGAUAAAGAUGGAAUCAAUCAAGCAGAGAGGGUAGAGGGGGAAGAUGAAGUGUCGUCCGAUGUAUUUCAUUCGCCAGAGGUAUUUCGGUUGAAUUAUGCGGAAAUGGAAAGGAAGUUUAAGGUGUACAUUUACCUGGAUGGUGAUCCCAAAACUUAUUAUCAGACGCCGAGGAAGCUGACCGGGAAGUAUGCAAGUGAGGGCUACUUUUUUCAGAAUAUUAGGGAGAGUAGAUUCAUUACCGAUGAUCCGGAUAAGGCUGACUUGUUUUUCAUCCCAAUCUCUUGUCAUAAGAUGAGAGGACUGGCUACGUCAUAUGAAAACAUGACCGUGAUUGUGAAGGAGUAUGUUGAGAGUUUAAUAGCCAAGUACCCUUAUUGGAAUAGGACCCUGGGUGCAGAUCACUUCUUUGUAGUUUGUCAAGAUGUUGGAGUCAGGGCAACAGAAGGACUUCCUUUUCUUGUGAAGAACUCAAUACGGGUUGCAUGCUCCCCAAGCUAUGAUGUUGGGUUUAUUCCACACAAAGAUGUUGCUCUUCCCCAAGUGCUGCAGCCUUUUGCCCUUCCACGGGGAGGAAAUGAUGUUGAAAACAGGACCAUACUUGGUUACUGGGCUGGUAGUAGGAACUCUAAAAUCAGGGUUAUUUUGGCACGUGAAUGGAUGAAUGACACAGAACUUUAUGUCAAAGACAGCAGAAUAAGCAGGGCUACUGGAGAACUGGUGUAUCAAAAGAAAUUUUACAGGUCUAAAUUCUGCAUCUGCCCUGGUGGCUCCCAGGUCAAUAGUGCUCGCAUAGCAGAUUCCAUACAUUAUGGGUGUAUUCCUGUGAUACUUUCUGACUAUUAUGACUUGCCAUUCAAUGACAUCCUUGACUGGAAGAAAUUUUCAGUCAUUCUCAAGCAGAAAGAUGUUUAUCAGCUGAAGCAAAUCCUCAAAAGCAUAACUCAAACAGAAUUUGUUUCUUUGCACAAUAAUCUAGUCAAGAUUCAGAAGCAUUUUCAGUGGAAUACACCUCCUGUCAAAUACGAUGCUUUUCAUAUGGUCAUGUAUGAACUCUGGUUGCGGCACUAUUUGAUCAAGUACUAAAUUUACAAGUUCGUCGCCAUAUGUUGCCUCUGAACCUGUUUGGAGAUGGCUACGGAGCAACUCUUGUAUUGUAAAUUGCUUGUCAACAGUUUGUUGUGCUUUAUCCUAGUUAUCAACAAAAACAUUGACAAAGAAGAGGAAAGGAAGUUGUAUUCUAGUUUUUAACUCGUAGACGGUACAGAUUAUGGAGGCAUGACUGGGCGUUUAUUACUGUUUUUUGCUUCUUUUAUUCAGUUAAGGAUCUUAAUCAGUUCUUUUUUGUAUAUAUCAAUGAACUCUGAUAACCUCAUUGAAAUA